AUGGCGUCGAACGAUACUAUUCCUCCGAUGGAGGGCAUCACCCCUACCAAUGAAGACGGACAAGGCGGUGAUGUCGUUGGCCCCAAUGAUGGAGCUAAUCAAGUCGAUACCGGAAUGAACAACGUCUGGCCUAAUAUCGGUAACGAUGUCAUCGAGGCAACCACCACGGUUCAACCUCAGCAACACCUCCCCGGCCAGCAACCCCCGUUGGACGAAGCAGCUCAGCAGGGUUUUCCACCCCAAAGCCUCUUGAGUCCCUUUGUAUCGUGGGACCUUCUGUUUCAGGACUACGCCGUCCCAGGUCCAUUCUCGGAAAUGGAGGGCGAGAAUGAUGCCCAUCGUCAGAUGAAACAAGCUGAAGCGUUGCGCGAAACCUACGAGCAAAACAUCGCGGAGGCGUUCGAGCGUCUCGGUCCCACGCUGCAGGUUCCCCAGUAG